AUGCCAUGGUUAGCGUACGAACUUAAAUCGCUACCAAAACCUGAGAAAAUUGGAGACCAAAUAUCAACAUUGACAAUUCAGCCAACAUCGAAAUACCUCGUGUCAGAGCCAUCGUUCGAUGAAUAUUUUCUCGCUGGACAGGACUACAUCAACAGCUGCAAGCUCAUCGGACCAGACAUGGCAUGUCCGCCUGACCUUCCGUCUAAAACAACUAAGUUGGAGAAUGAGGUAGAUUGCGAAAUGAAAUUGUUAAUGGAUCCAAAAACUGAAAAUCUACGGGAAUGUAAUAUAAGAAUUAUCCAAAAAUGCAAGCUGACUUGGAUAAAAAUGAACGAGAAAAACACCUGGGCAUAUUCAACAUGCAAACAAGAAACUAUUCAAUGGAGAUGUCCAGGACAAACAGCUGAAAAUCGCAUAAUUAAUGGAACUGGACUCAUACACAUCCAACAAGGAUACCAAGUAAACUGCAAUGAAUAUACAAUCCGAGGAAUUGCAAGAGAGUCAACAAAAAUAGACCUCAUUGCCCCGAGUUUCAAUCUUUCCUUGAAACAUUAA